AUGGGGCCAGGCAUGUAUAACACGCGGCCAGGCAUGGGGCCAAGCAUGGGGCCAGGCAUGUAUAACACGCGACCAGGCAUGGGGCCAGGCAUGUAUAACACGCGACCAGGUAUGGGGCCAGGCAUGGGGCCAGGCAUGGGGCCAGGCAUGGGGCCAGGCAUGUAUAACACGCGACCAGGCAUGGGGCCAGGCAUGUAUAACACGCGACCAGAGAUCCGUGCGGUAGUGGUAGUGGUAGUGGUAGUGGUAGUGGUAGUGGUAAUAGUAAUGGAACUGCCUUGCAAAAAAAUCACAACUACCAUUUUAGAACCUUGUCUGCCAUUUCCUCUGCCAGAUGAUGUUCUAAAUGAUAUUGUCCCCAAAGCUAAAGACUAUGCGCUCUUACAUGGUGCAGGAAUGCGAUACAAGACCAGCUAUGAUUCCGACACAUUACAAAUGGCUCCAUUCUUUCUCUUCCCUUCUGCUUUUCCUAAACGGGAGUUUGAGCGAGUUGUAAAGUUGCAGCCCCUUAUCAAUGUGCUGAUGCACAAGGUUGCUCAUGAUCCAGAGUUUUUAGAAAAUUGCCUUAAAAAAACCAUCAGGGUUGACGACUUCACUGCCCGCCUUUGGAAGAUAUACACGAUGGUGAGAGAGGAGGGGAUAACGCAGUGGGUUUCCCUAGGGAUGUUCCGCUGCGACUACUUCUACAGUGUGCCUUCUCAAAGUGCCCUACAGGUUGAGAUAAACACAAUUGCCUCAAGCUUUGCUGCCCUCUCUGCAAGAAUUGUGUUAAUGCAUAGGUAUGUCCUUGGAGAACUACGAAGACCAGAUCUGCUCCAUCAUUUGCCAGAAAAUGAUGCGCUUGCAGGGCUCUGUGGUGGAAUGAUAUCUGCAUGGGAAGCUUACAAUUGCCCAAAAGCUGUAAUACUGUUUGUUAUAGAAGAUGUUACUUACAAUAUCUGUGAUCAACGAUUCCAUGAGUAUGAAAUAAGACGCCAGAGACCAGAUGUUCAUGUCGUUCGAAAAAACCUCACACAGAUCAGUGAAAGAGGGCACCUGACUGAUGACAAGAGGCUUAUAAUAGAUGACGAUGAGAUUGCUGUGGUAUAUUUCCGUGCUGGUUAUGAGCCUGGCCACUACCACAGUGAAGCGGAAUGGGAGGCUCGUCUUACCAUAGAAAGAUCACGAGCAAUUAAGUGUCCUAGCAUACAGUAUCAUUUAGCAGGUACUAAAAAGGUCCAGCAAGAAAUAGCUAGACCAGGUGUAUUGCAGAAGUUUCUUUCCGAUUCCGAAGCAGCAGAAGUUACCAACUUAUUUGCUGGUCUCUACACACUUGACUUAGGCCCAGAAGGAGAUCAUGCUAUUCAAUUGGCUAUGGAGAACCCUGAUCAAUAUGUUCUGAAGCCACAACGAGAGGGUGGUGGCAACAACGUCUAUGGAGAAGAAAUCAAAACUGUCUUGGAGAAAAUAAAAGAUUCACCAGAGAGGGAAGCAUACAUCCUCAUGGAUAGAAUCCGCCCUCCCAUCCAACAAAACUACCUCGUUCGAGCACAUGAACCAGUGAAGUUGAUCGAGGCGGUGUCAGAGUUGGGCAUCUUUGGUGUGGUUCUAGGAACGGCAAAGGAAAUACUAAUCAACAAAUACGCUGGGCACAUGUUACGUACAAAGCUUUCAUCUGUUAAUGAGGGUGGCGUGGCAGCAGGUCUUGGUGCCCUGGAUUCUGUCUUUUUAUUUGAAUGAUGAUUUAUACAAUUAUUUGCAAUGAAAUCUCUUAAUGAGAAUAUUUCUUUGUGAUUUUUUAGGUUUAGGGAUAUAUUAUUUUUAGAAUUCAUUUAUUUUAACAGAAGAAUAGUUGAAAUGCCAUAUAUAUAUACAGUAUAUUCUUUUCUUAUAAGUUGUUUGUGAAAUUGUUUAUAUCUUGGUUUUAUUCUAAAUGAGCAAAUAUUAAAAUAAUGUAUUUGGGGGCAAAUUGAAAGAUAUUAAUUCAGACCACAUUAAUAAUAGGUCAAAGUUCAGCUGGAAAAAUCCUUGGAAUAAUCGGGGAACCUUUGAAAAGUCACCAGCUUCCUGUCCCUAUUGAGGUCACAAAAGAUGGUGACUCCUUGUUUUCAAUUAUAGAAAAUUUUCUUUAUAUGUUGACAUUGAUUCUUUACAUUUCUUUAGAAAUAUUGUCAUGCCCAUAUGCUCUUAGUAUUCUGGUUCCCUCACUAACAUUCUACAUUGUUUUCAUUUUCCCUCCUCUUCAUCCAUUUAUUACUUGCACGUUUUCAUCUCAGAAAUUAAUCACAGUGCACUGGUUCUUUGUAGUAUUCUUUACAUCAUUGUAAUACUGCUGCUUUUCGCUGUCAAUCAGUUUUUGAUAAUAUUUUGUUCCAAACCAUGUUUGGAACCCAGAUAUAUUUAUAUCCAAGAAAGAAAUAAAGUUUAAAAGCUCUCCAAGCAUAAAAAAAAAGUGUUGAUUGUCAUGAAAUGCUUCAGGGUAGAGUCCCAAUGAUUUCUGGAAGCUAUCUCGCUGAUGUUUCUCCAUUAACCACUGCUCUGCUCUGCAUUAAAAUACGACACACCUGUGGUGCGCCGAAAAUCAAUUCUUUCCAAAAAAUUAUUUUCUCUUAUAUUGUUAAAAUGCAGUCUCUGAUCACAGGGAAACAAAAAAAAAAAUAUUGUAUGUUACAUACUUUAGCCGCAAUGGAGUUGGGAAGUUUAGCAUAUUAUGGGCGCUUAGCAAUGGAGUGCUCAAGGUCACUAGGCCCUGCCACCCCGUGGGUUGGCAGUUGCCGCAAAUAUAAUGUUUCACAACUAU